GCAAUGCUUGGCCAGCCAAUGAGUAUGGUGUUACCUGGUGUUGUUGGGUUCAAGUUGUCUGGAAAAUUGCGCAAUGGUGUUACAGCAACUGAUUUGGUUCUAACUGUCACACAAAUUCUUAGGAAACAUGGUGUUGUAGGGAAAUUUGUUGAAUUUCAUGGCAAUGGUAUGGGUGAAUUAUCAUUAGCUGACAGGGCCACUAUUGCCAAUAUGUCUCCUGAAUAUGGAGCAACCAUGGGUUUCUUCCCGGUAGAUCAUGUAACAUUACAAUACCUCAAACUAACUGGAAGAAGUGACGAGACUGUGGCAAUGAUAGAGGCCUAUCUCAGAGCAAACAAAUUAUUUGUCGACUAUAAUGAGCCUCAACAAGACAGAGCUUAUUCUUCCUAUCUUGAAUUAAAUCUUGACGAAGUCGAACCAUGUAUCUCGGGACCAAAGAGACCUCAUGACCGGGUGGCUUUGAAAGAAAUGAAGGCUGAUUGGCAUUCUUAUCUUGAUAACAAAGUGGGAUUUAAGGGAUUUGCUAUACCAAAAGAAGCACAAGGAAAGGUUGCAAAAUUUGAUUUUCAUGGGCAGCCAGCUGAGCUAAAACAUGGCAGCGUUGUGAUUGCUGCAAUCACAAGUUGUACAAAUACAUCAAACCCUAGUGUGAUGCUUGGAGCUGGUCUUAUUGCAAAAGAGGCUCAUGACUUAGGUUUGAAGGUUAAACCUUGGGUAAAAACAAGUCUUGCUCCUGGUUCUGGAGUUGUUACCAAAUAUCUACUUCAGAGUGGCCUACAAAAGUAUCUAAAUGAGCAGGGUUUCAAUAUUGUUGGAUUUGGCUGUACCACAUGUAUUGGCAAUUCAGGAGAUCUGGACGAAUCAGUUUCUUCUGCUAUCUCAGAAAAUGACAUAGUAGCAUCUGCUGUGCUGUCAGGGAACCGUAAUUUUGAGGGCCGAGUGCAUCCCCUAACUCGCGCUAACUAUCUUGCCUCACCUCCUCUGGUUGUGGCUUAUGCUCUUGCUGGCACGGUUGACAUUGACUUUGAAAAGGAGCCGUUAGGGACAGGAAAAGAUGGCAAGAAUGUCUUCUUGAGGGAUAUUUGGCCUUCCACUGAAGAAAUUGCACAGACUGUCCAAUCCAGUGUGUUGCCUGACAUGUUCCGAAGUACAUAUGAAUCUAUUACUAAGGGUAAUCCUAUGUGGAACGAACUACAAGUUCCUGCUGAGAAGCUGUACUCAUGGGACACCAACUCAACAUAUAUUCAUGAACCUCCAUACUUCAAGGGCAUGACCAUGGAUCCUCCUGGACCUCAUGGUGUGAAAGAUGCUUAUUGCCUGCUGAAUUUUGGUGACAGUAUAACAACUGAUCACAUUUCUCCUGCUGGAAACAUUAACAAGGACAGUCCUGCUCAUAGUACACCACAUCACCUAGCCAAAGCCUCCAACCUGCCAUCAAACAACAAACUGCAGCAAGCAAUGCAACCAAUACAUAUCUAG